AGCUGCAAAGGUAAACAAAAUUUUGGUGCUGUAAUGACUAAUGAUACUACUGCGUGCCAUUCUACACUACUCAGUGGUGCGAGCAUGGAGUCCAUAAUACGUGAUAUCCUUCCAGAUUGUGAAACUGAGGAGAUACAACUCACCCAGGUACAGCACAAGUCACACAUCCCAUCAGGUAUGAAACUUUCGGAUCUUAUUUGCGAUCAAAGCCGCCAAAGAGAACGUAGCAAGAGUAUGAAUAGCAAACCGAACAAACCCUUUCUUGAUAAGUGGGCAACGCGAGUACGCAGCCUUGAUGUUACAAUGAUCGGUAAGAUUAAGGCGAACAGUCAAAUAGAAUUGGAAAAUUCCCAACAGGCAACUUAUAUACACUCCAAGGAAAUCUACGCCACUCCAGAUGCCACCUUCAAAGAGAAGAGGUCAUCAGAUAACGGCAGAGAUGAAAAGUUGGUUGCAAAACUUAAUAGUCCUAAAGAACUGUUCAGAAAAUUACGUCACAGUGUCAGGAGGAUGGCGCAACAACAUAAGAGUUGCGAGAUUGUGAUACCAAGUACACUUAAGAAAACAUCAGCAUGUGUUUGA